AUUCUAUGGCUGCGCUUGUUGACAAGGCAGGUGAGGCAGUUGCUGCUGCUGCUAAUGACAACAGCAAUUUGGUGGUGGAAACAGCUAAAUCAGAAUCAAAGGAAUUCAAUGUGCAGAAGCUGGUUGAUAUGUUCACAAAGUUGAAUCCUUUGGCCAAAGAAUUUUUCCCAUCAUCUUAUCAGACCGAUAAUAAUAAUUUUAAUCAGAGAAGAAAUAACUACAACCAGAGUAGAAGAAGGCUUAAUGGUAGAGCUUUUCAAGCUCAAAGAGAUGAUAGUAUUAGGCGAACAGUAUAUGUUUCAGAUAUUGAUCUUACUAUUACUGAAGAGCAACUUGCUGCCUUAUUUAGUAGUUAUGGACAAGUUGUUGAUUGCCGAGUUUGUGGUGACCUGCAUUCAAUUCUUCGCUUUGCAUUUGUGGAAUUUGCAGAUGAAGAAGGUGCAAGAGCUGCUUUGAACCUUGGUGGGACAAUGCUAGGGUUUUAUCCAGUUAGGGUCUUGCCUUCAAAAACUGCCAUUCUUCCUGUGAACCCUACAUUUCUCCCUAGAUCAGAAGAUGAAAGGGAACUGUGCACCAGGACAGUUUAUUGUACAAAUAUUGACAAGAAGGUUUCUCAAGCUGAAGUGAGGAGUUUCUUUGAAUCAGCCUGUGGUGAGGUCACUCGCUUGAGGCUCUUAGGGGAUCGUGUACAUUCAACCCGUAUUGCUUUUGUUGAAUUUGCCAUGGCGGAAUGUGCCAUAAUUGCACUGAAUUGCAGUGGGAUGGUGCUAGGAACCCAGCCCAUCAGGGUAAGUCCUUCAAAGACACCUGUGAGACCGCGAGUUACCCGUCCAACAUUGCAUUAACUGAUCAACCAAGCCUUUUAAAAUCCAUGGAUGGAAUUAAGUGACUUCCCAAUUAAGGGAUGGUGAAACUUUCUUUUAUUUCAUUAUUUCCAUCUUUUCUGUCGCAACAGUUGCUUUUUAUCUUCGACUGAAGACAUCAUGGCCAUGCUUCGGAUUGAAGCUUGACGUUGAGAAUUUUUUACCUUAUUCUAUCCCUUUGUUUUGACAAUAAUGUCAUCUUGAGUGUCUUUUCUGCUAGUUUCCAUAUAUAUUUCAAAUGGUGGUUAUAAGCAUGCACGUGCUGAGUGAGGAACCAAAAUUUAGUACCAUCCCAUUCCCAUCAGGUUUUUCUCAUUUUCCAAGUUAUAAUAGCUAGAAAUCUGGUGUAAGUCUAAUGCCUUUAGGAAGGACAC